CAACUUAAAUUGUGACAAAAAUCAAAUGAUCAAAAUCAAAAUAUAAUUUGAUAAUUUGUAUUAAAGUACCUAUCUAGGUACUUAGUGUUUCAAAUAAUUGAGAAUAAAAAUAAACAUGAGCACAAAAGAAAAAGAAAAGGACGAGGAAAAGAAGCCAAUCGUUAUCAAAAAUGCGACGGAUCUUCAAAGGUUAAAACUUGAAAAACUAAUGAAAAAUCCCGACAAACCAGUUGUGAUACCAGAUGGACCUAGGCAAAAAUCACUGGCUCCACCACCAGAUUUUGUCCGCAACGUAAUGGGAUCUAGUGCUGGUGCUGGUUCCGGAGAAUUUCAUGUCUACAGACAUCUAAGAAGAAAAGAAUAUGCUAGGCAAAAGUUCAUACAAGAAAAGAGCGACAAGGAAAAACUAGAUGAUGAAUACCACAGUAAAAUAGAAGAAAAUAAAAAGAAAGCAGAAGAAAAAACAGCCAAGAAGAGGGCCAAGAGGUUGAAGAAAAAACAGAAAGCAAAGACCAAAGAGAAAAAGCCUAAAACUACAGACAGUAAAGAAUGCAAAGAAUCGGCAAGUAGUGAUGAAUCAAGUGAUGAAGAGAUUGAAACUAAUCAGAAAGAUACUAAAUGUUCUAUAUCAAGUCCAACAAAAAAUGAUGCAUGAUAACUUAGAAAUACCUAUAAGAUUACUUCAUAUUAGAUAUAAAUACUAUAUUUUCUAAUA